AUGGCGCGGGCCACUUCCGGAUCUACGUCAGGGGCGCGGCUCGCUCUAGCCAAUCCUGGAGUAAACAGGGCGCGACCGCCUUCUUUCUGGGCCAAUCGAGAUAAGCCGCCUCAUUUCCCCGCUGUCUACUCCCCCCGCCAAACCCUAACCAAUACCGUGCGUUGUGUUGCGUUUGCACCCGCCUAUCCAUUGAUUGACGUCUCCCUUGACCCAAUCGAAGGCUCGAGCCUAUUCCUAGUUUCACAAGAGGACUUUUGCAGCCUAAGUCCCAGUGGAUACCUGUGCUGGACCCACAAACGGGCUCUCCCAGAACUGAGGCAACUCCACUUUCUCUUAUCACUUAGCCCUGCCAAGAAAGUCAAGGGAGGGGAGAGGCGCGAAUGCUUAACGGGCAGUCGCCGCUUCCAAUCAGCGUGCCGCGCCAAGUCUGGGCUGAACAGAGGCGCCCCAGGGGCCCUCGAGGGCCUAUCGGAUCCCGCAGCUCCGUCCCCUGCCGGGUUCCCACGUCUACCUGCAGCUGGGGGAAGAACUCCGCCAGCCCAGGGCAGGGGCGGGCACUCACUUGGACCAGGAUCCGCCCGACAUCCCUGGUCCGCCAGGCGAACGGGUCUUCACUUCCUGGGAUCAGUUUGGGAAAAGGCCUGGGGGCCCUGCCACGGGCGAGUGUGGGAACCCAGGGUUCGAAUUCCCGCCCCGACGUUGCUUCCGGACCGAAAGCCCCCUGAACGCCUUACCCCAAGUGCCCUGGGCCUCGGUUUCUCCACCAGUGAAACAGUGAUGGGAAUCGCUUGACGUGAAGUGAGUGGAGGUGCUGGCACACUUCGAGUGAUUGCUAAGUGGAAGCCUUUGGUACUAGUUAGGAUAAUUAUUUUAAUUACAGUAUAGUUAGGGUAAUGAAUUCCAAAUGCCAAUGUAGCAUCAUGUGCCUUAUAUACAACAGAUCAUCGAUAAUAAAUAUUAAAUUUAUAUAACAGAAAUAGAUAAAUUUAUGUGCAUAC